AUGGCGUACAAAUUUCAUAUCUCAAAAUUCAUUCGCCGUGUGCUCGAAAGAAGCACCUUUCAUGGUGUAUAUCACGUGGCGAACAAGAAGAACAGUUUGUGUGAAAAAAUAUCAUGGGGAUUAGCCAUUUUGCUAGCGGUCAUCGGUAUGUCCUAUCUGUUGGUACUGUUUUGGAUCCGGUAUCUCACUAACCCAACGGUGAUUUCACUGGAUCGGAACUAUCACGAAUGGAACACAACUUUUCCCAGUCUUACGGUUUGCUUUCAUGACCGUCUAAAUGUUACUGCUCGGGAUAUACUAGUUGAAGAAUUGAAACCAGAAGAUCCUCAACGAUUUGAACGUUUUUUGGCUCUGCUGGCAGAAGCAAAUAUUUUUCGACUUGAACCGCUGGUCGAGUUCGACGAGUACAGUGAUCUGGAUUUGCAAGCCGUGCUUAACCAAAUCACCAAUCACGUGAAUACAACGGUAAUUCUUGAUAAUGGCCUUGAUGCGAAGACCUAUCGGGUUGUGACGGAGUUGGGAAUCUGUUACACGUUCAAUUCGGCCAUGGUUCGCUUCACAACGGUGGAUGCAUUGGACGAAGAAGAUCUACCGAAAGGCUUAAUACAGGUCAGCACCAUGGAAAGGGACAUUAUGGCUUCUUUGAGUAAUCUAACUUCCAACGGAGAUAUCUUUUACCAUGGACCGUAUGAAGUGCCAUCCUAUCUAAAGCGAUUAAUAGUUACACUUUCGACGUCUGCUUUUCUGACGAUUACAUUCAAACCGGUCAUCAUUACUGCCGAUGCCACCAUUCAGAAUCUGUACGUGCAACAGCGCAGGUGUCGGUUUCCCGAUGAGUCCAAUUUGGCACUUUUCCCGAAUUACUAUUCGCACAGCCUAUGUUUGUUGGACUGCAGAUUACGGUUAUUUCUCAAAUAUUGUGGAUGUGUACCGUACUUCUACAACUUGGAGGUAAAAGUUCCGGUUUGUCGACUAAAACAACUAAGAUGUGUAGUAGAUAAUCUUGCCGAAAUUCGCCAAACUCUUUCGUCGUGUGGUUGCCUGAAAGACUGUAAUACGAUCAGUUUCACCUUGCAAAAUUACGUGAUGUUUGAUUGGUUUAAUGACCCUUUAAUCAAGUGGAACAUGGAAACUCCAAAAGUACGAUACAGUAGAAAAAUUAUAUAUGGUUUUGCUGAUUUCAUGGUAUCUAUCGGUGGUAUUCAUGGUUUGUUCUUCGGCGCAAGUGUCAUAUCGUUUAUUGAAUUGCUUUACUCUUUUAUCAAAAAUGUACUACAAUCAUUGAUUCGAUUUAGAUCCAAAAUGCAAGAUAAAACAAGAGUAGGUUCUGUGAAACGGUCAACUGAAUUACAGAAUGACAAAAUUAACGUUAAAUUUAAUGAACGCGUGACAUAUUGGUACUAG